ACAAAUCGUGUUCUAAAGGCCAUCGAGUUAAGCAAAGAACAGUUGUUUCUUCUUGACCACAAGUCACUGAAAAAUGCUGAAAAGGAGCUUGUCGUUAUCCAUAAGCUAAAAGCAUAUACAUAUAUAUUCUUAGGGUACUCUUGUACCAAUCAGACUAGGCUUGAAAUCGAUUAUGGCAGAAAGCUUCUGGACUUAACACGAGAGAAUAACUUGCGAGAAGUAGAAGGAGUGGUAAGCUUCGCACUAGCGAAACAGUACGCGGAUGACCCGCGUCACGUUAAUGAAGCAAAAGAGUUGUGUUUAAAAGCACUUAGCAUCGCGACAGAAACUGGACGAAAAGAAAAUGAAAGCGAUUGCUAUGCUAUGCUACUAGUUAUCUUUAUUCACUUCGGUGAACAUUUCACGGCUAAAGAAUAUGGCGAAAAAGCAAUUGCAAUCGCCCAAAAAAUUGGCAAGAAGACACGCACAGAAUUUAUGUGCUAUGAUCUCCUUGGAGAAAUCUCUCGUGUAAACGGAGAAUACGUCAAGGCUAAGGAAUAUAAAGAAAAAGCACUUGAAAUCGCCCAAGAAAUCGGUGAUAGGAAACUUGAAGCACCAUGCUACGCAAGCAUAGCGAGAAUAUUGUUGUCGGGGAAUGAUCAUGAAUAUGUCAAGGCUAAAGAAUUUCAAGAAAAAGCGCUUGCAAUCGCUCAAGAAAUCGGCGACAAGGAAACAGAAGCCAAAUGCUAUGUGCUGCUGGGAGCACUUUCUCUCAUUCGCGGGGUUCCCGGUUGGGACAUUGUCAAGGCUAAACACUAUCUUGAAAGAGCGCUAGUGUUGAGAAGAGAGACUGGGAGUAAGAAAGGGGAGGCAGACAUUCACAUAUAUAUUUCAGGAAUUUGCCUUUUGGAAGGCAACUUCCCAGAGGCUAAAUUACAUUGUUUAGCCAGCAUUAAACAAGGAGAGCUUUUUCGAAGUUUUCUGAACGGUGACGACCAAAUAGCGUAUUUUGACAGCAUCAGUAGUGUCUUCCAAUUUAUCAGUUAUAUGCUUUGCUUUUCUGGGAAUCCUCAUGAAGGUCUUUAUACAGAGGAGAUUGGACGAGCCAGAGCCCUGGAAGACUUAAUGUCAGCCCAGUACUCUAUAGAAAACGAAAUCCCAGUCAGUCCAGAGACAUGGGUUGGUAUUGAAAAGAUCAUGAAGAAAGAAAGCAAUUGUGUUUGUCUUUACAUUUCAUACUUUAAACACAUUAUAACUUUGCUUGUUGUUAAGGCGGACAACCAAGUAAUCGCAAAGCAAGUGGACAUCACUGACUAUUUUGCUGGGAAAGGAUCAGAAAGCAGAGUGGAUGAUUUUUUUUGCAGCGACAUUUACAGAAAGGUACGUUGCUUAGCUCCAGAGCUGUGCGAAGAUCGAUCCUGGUUUUCUUCAAAUGUUCAGCAGGAGCGAAAGGGCGAGCCAUCUCAAGGAAAUAGUCCCACUGCGGCCCGCCUUUGUUCAGAAGAGGAUGAAAACACAGACGACCAACAGCCCAUCCUAACUCUUGCUGAUGGUUACAAAAUGAUCAUGGCUCCUGUAGCCCACGAGUUUGAUAAACCCGAAAUCAUCAUUGUUCCUUAUCGUUCGUUUUUCAAAGUUCCAUUUGCAGCCUUAAAGGACGAAAGAGGAAGGUGUUUAUCACAGUCUUUCAGGAUCCGCAUUGCUCCCUCAUUGACGACUCUCCAGCUCAUUCAGGACAGUCCAUCAGACUAUCACAGCCAGACUGGUGCACUGAUAGUGGGAGACCCUGAUGUUGGUGAGGUCCUUUACAAGGAAAAUCUUCACCGGAUAAAGAGACUGCCUUUUGCAGGUGAGGAAGCAAAGAUGGUUGGAGAACUUAUCGGUACUCAACCUUUGCUGGGGAAACAAGCAACAAAGCAGAUGGUUCUGCAAAGAAUAAACUCAGUGUCUUUGAUACACUUUGCUUGUCACGGUGACGCUGAGAGGGGCGAAAUUAUCCUUGCCUCUCCACCCCUCACUGAUAGGAAACCUAACGAAAAAGACUACUUACUUACGAUGGGUGAAAUUUCCAAAGUUCGACUGCGAGCCAAACUGGUGGUCCUUAGUUGUUGCCACAGCGCACAAGGACAGAUAAGUUCAGAGGGAGUGGUUGGAAUUGCUCGAGCCUUUUUAGGAUCCGGCGCACGGUCAGUGUUGGUGGCAUUGUGGGCCAUACAAGACGAAGCAACAAAGCGGUUCAUGAGUUGUUUCUACAAGCACCUUGUUCGCGGGGAAAGUGCUAGUGAAUCUCUUCACCAGGCCAUGAAGUGGAUGAGAGAAAACAAAUUCUCUGAUGUGGAGCAGUGGGCGCCAUUUAUGCUGGUUGGAGAUAAUGUGACACUGGAUUUUCAAAAGUUAAGGUUAGUUGCUGAAAUGUACGGUGACAUCACUGGGUUUAAGUUAAUGAUGGACAAUGCAUUCCCGGCUUAUCGAGGUAUCAACUUAAUAUGGGUAAAGAGGUUAGUUUCUACAGAAACUUUGGCGCUGCAUUGGCCGGGUUCGGGAGGAAGGUGGUGAAACACAAAAAUGUGGUUUUAUCAAACGUGCCCUUCCUUCGUAGCUUUUAGCUCCAACAAAAUUAAAAGUCAGGCGUAAGAUGCGGUUCGAAUGAUACAUGUUUAUUGUAGAGGGGGAGCUUGAAUCUUUUGGUCAAAACAAACACACGAAGUCAAUGACGACUGUAUUACACUUGCAAUUUACAACAAUGAUUUCCGAAGCUCUUCCGUAUUGUAAGAGAAAAGGACUCAGAGAAAAUUGACCGGAAGUUAAUCAUUCUUCUCCGUACCUCAUUUUCACGUGAUUUGUUGAAAUCGAGCGCUGCGAGCUGAGAAAACAAUUAAGUAUAAUACAUAUAAAGAAGAAGUGUCCAUCAUUAUAUUUUGGAAUUUAGGAUGCUAAGACUGAAAGCCCUUGUGCACAGAAAUGUUAUUAAAUUGUCAAGAAAAGAGGAAUAUGUUGUUAAAAUAAGGGAGGGCGUGUUCGAAUUAGAAAGAUCAUCAUCAUCAUCAUUAUUAUUUUUACCAUUAUCAUUAUUACUGUUUUUGUUUUCUUUCUUUCAGAGCUGCAAUUCAUGAAUCGCAACUCAAUUUCAGGUAGCCAAGUACAAGAAAUGAUAGAACUGGAUGGGAACUUCUUAAGCCAUCAGUCGAUACCACGAACACUUGAGCAUGAUGAUAAGCGAAACAAGCGAACACCCAAACUGACAAUAUAA